GCCCAUAUUUCUGCCACGGCAAGAGCGAAGGGUCAUGUUUUUCCUGGAGUUCAAUUACUCGCGAGACUGUCGUUUUAAAAAUUAAAUAUCGUAACUAAAUACAACUGAACUUGCAUUUCUACAAGUUUAAGCUAUAACUGGAAAGCAGAAGUGGCAUUGCAUCAUGUUAGCAUAGCCUGAAUGAGUAAACUGCUCACGUGCUCUUAGGAAAAAAGAGCUUUAUCCGUGAGGUCAUUCAAAGUUUGUCGGUUUUACACCUUUACGGUUCAGGUUCUGCUUCCGCAUCGAGACAUGGAGUCUCUCGGAGCUGCUGGCGCUGUUCUCGGAUGCUCUGCCUGCAUUCCGGUGGUCGGGCUUCUGCUCGCCGCCUACAAACUUGGCUUAUUUUACCAGCUAUUUCACAAGACGGAGACCGAGAGCCCACGGCAUGGUGGUGAGAGCGUGGCAGAGGUCCUCCGUGCUCACGGGGUCAAGUUCCUCUUCACCCUGGUGGGCGGGCACAUUUCCCCCAUCCUCGUGGCGUGCGAGAAGGUCGGCAUCCGUAUCGUGGACACCAGACACGAAGCCACGGCUGUCUUUGCCGCCGACGCUGUGGCGCGACUCUCAGGUACUGUCGGGGUAGCCGCCGUAACGGCUGGCCCGGGCCUGACCAACACGGUGACGGCAGUGAAGAACGCACAAAUGGCGGAAUCUCCUCUGCUGCUUUUGGGAGGAGGUGCUGCUACACUACUGCAGGGAAGAGGAGCGCUGCAAGACAUCGAUCAGAUGUCUCUCUUCAAGCCGCUGUGUAAAUUCUGUGCCUCCAUCAGGACGGUGAGGGAAAUCGUGCCGACUCUCAGGAAAGCUCUCGCCGUCGCUCAGUCAGGAACGCCGGGCCCUGUUUUUAUAGAGUUCCCCAUCGACACCCUGUACCCCUAUCACCUUGUGUCCAAAGAGUUUGCACCCAAAACCCCUCCGAAAGGCCUGAUGGGAAGCAUCAUUUCAUGGUAUCUUCAGAAUCACCUCAUGAACCUCUUUGCUGGAGCCUGGGAGGCCAGAGAUGUCUCUCCUCUUCCUGUCCACAUCCCUCAAGCCACGAGCGAUCAGGUACAGAAGUGCAUAGAGCUGGUGAGUCGAGCAAAGAAACCCGUCAUUCUUCUGGGUAGUCAGGUGACUCUGCCUCCAUCGCCGGCCGACCACGUCAGGAAGGCUUUGGAAGAUCUAGGGAUCCCCUGCUUUCUUGGAGGCAUGUCUCGUGGGCUGCUGGGUAAAGACAGCCCCAUCCACAUCCGACAGAACCGCAGAGACGCUCUAAAGGAGGCCGACGUGGUUCUCCUAGCAGGUACCGUGUGCGACUUCCGGCUGAGCUACGGCCGAGUCCUCAGCAGACGCAGCAAGGUCAUCGCGGUCAACAGGGAUCAGUCCCAGCUGCUGAAGAACUCUGACAUGUUCUGGAAGCCGACUGUUGCCAUCCAGGGUGAUCCCGGCUCCUUUUUAGUACAACUUGCCAAAGGUCUGAAAGGUCACCGCUGUCCAGAGGAGUGGCCUCAGAGCCUGAAAGCUGGCGAUGUGACCAAAGAGAGUGCAAACAGGGCUAAAGCCGAUGAGAAGACGGAGCGACACUUGAACCCCAUCAAAGUCCUCCACUGUGUGGAUGAGCUGAUGGACGAGGACAGCAUCAUCGUGGCCGACGGGGGCGAUUUUGUUGGAACUGCUGCUUAUAUAAUGAGACCAAGGGGACCUCUGCGUUGGCUCGAUCCAGGAGCCUUUGGGACUCUGGGAGUGGGAGGAGGUUUUGCUCUGGGGGCAAAACUGUGUCGGCCUGAAUCGGAGGUGUGGAUAAUCUAUGGCGAUGGCUCCUUGGGAUACAGCGUCGCAGAGUUUGACACAUUUACUAGACACAAGACCCCGGUUCUAGCUCUGGUGGGAAACGAUGCAUGUUGGAGUCAGAUAUCCAGGGAGCAGGUUCCCAUCCUGGGCAGUAAUGUAGCAUGUGGUCUUGCUUUUACAGAUUAUCACGUAGUGGCUGAUGGUUACGGCGGAAAAGGCUACCUCGUGGGUCGAGACGAGGAGAGCCGACUCAGCGACAUCAUCAAACAGGCUCAGAAAGAGACCAAGGAGGGCAAGGCGACACUUCUCAAUGUUCUGAUAGGAAAGACCAACUUCAGAGAGGGCUCCAUCUCUGUUUAGUUAACUCAGUGGUCUGCUUUUAUUUGUAGGUUUUAUGGGUAACUUCGACAAAUAACAAGUACAUAUUUAAAGAAAUAAUUAGUAUAAUAUCUCCUUAUCCUUUAAAGGUUAAGCUAAAGUCUAAAACCAAAGCUUUUCUGGAAAAAAAGGAAAACAAGAGGAGAAAAAACACACAUGACUUAUUAGUCAUAAGCACCUUUACACAUCUACUUUGUGGCCUAUCAGCUUAAAACAAAUAUUUGUUAUUUUUGUCCGGGGUUUGGGUUUAUGAUAUAACUGCUGCAUUUAAAAAGGGAAGGAACCAUUAUUUUAGCACUUUUGAUUUAAUAUGAAUAUGUUUCUUUUUCUCUCUUUUGUUGACCUUUAAACUGGUUAUUACAGGUUUUCCAAAUAAGCCAACAACCACGUGUGAAAGACGACAUUGAUUUAAGUUAUCACACGUGACCAGUAUGCCUUCUGUACCGCUCUGACGUGGAGCUGUUUACACGUCAAAUGUCGGAGAACUCAUUUGCUGCAUAAGUAGAUGACUUGAUACAAGUACUGGAAGUAUUUCUUUGAAUGUCUCCAGCUGAUUUAUGCUCUGCCUUUCAAUGUUUGAUUGUAACUUUGAAUAUUCUAAAUCAAACUCAUGUCUACUGAUUCAUUCAUGAAUUAAAGUGCUAUGAAGUGAAAUGGA